ACAUGGACUCGGUGAACCGGGCUCUCUGUCUUCUGCAGUACUAGUUUAGAAUCGCCAGUGGCACUGAAGCCAGCUUUGCACGCGAUCAGAACAGUGGUCGGUACAGACGAAACUUUACAGCUGCGCUCGACUUAGUUUACACUGUUUCUACUUGUAUGCAAUACAUAUUUGUUUAUCAUAUCAAUCGAACGGUUCAAAGCUGCAGGUUUGGUGACUUUUGACGGUCGAAGACGCGACAGAGAAAAUGUCAAGACAGCUCCCGGGAAAUCCAAGUUUUCUGCCUUCGUCGACCCAAGGCGUUCUCAAGUCUCUGCUAGAAAACCCGAUGAAGCUGCCUCUUCAGAAUGAAGGGUUUGGGAAAGAGAGGGAGAAGGAGAAGAGUCUGGAGGAGGAAAGGAGUGCACCGCAGUCUGCCUUCCUGGGUCCUACUCUGUGGGACAAGACGCUUCCCUAUGAUGGAGACAACUUCCAGUUGGAGUACAUGGACCUGGAGGAGUUCCUGUCAGAGAACGGCAUCCCUUCCAGUCCCGCCCACCACCACCAGCAGCAUCAUCAGUCACAGCCCCAACACCAGACGCCAAUAAUGGCCCAAGCCCCGGCCACCUCGGUGAUGGACCUUAGCAACCGAGCAACUACGUCGUCCGUACAUACAAGCAUGGUCCCCCAAAACUGCCUAAGAGGCUCCGCAACUGCAGCCAUGUCCUCAGCCAGGAACACCCCCAGCCCCAUUGACCCCGAGUCGAUCGAGGUUGCUACGGGAUACGAGCCUGACCCUGCGGACCUUGCACUGUCCAGUGUUCCCGGCCAGGAGAUGUUUGACCCGAGGAAACGCAAGUUCUCUGCCGAGGAGCUGAAGCCCCAGCCCAUGAUCAAGAAGGCCCGCAAGAUCUUCAUGCCAAACGACAUGAAGCAGGAUGACAAGUAUUGGGUUCGUCGCAGAAAGAACAACGUAGCGGCCAAGCGGUCACGUGACGCGCGCCGCCUGAAGGAGAACCAGAUCGCCAUCCGGGCCGGUUUCCUGGAGAAGGAGAACUCGGCCCUCCGACAGGAAGUGGCAGAACUGAGGAAAGAGCUGGGACGCACCAGGAACAUCCUGGACAAGUACCAGGCCCAGCUCGGACCCCUGUAGGACACACACUGACACAGAAUGGCCCACUCCCGCAUCUCAUUGGUGGCCCUUUAGCCAACACUGUACUAGCCCUUUUCAUUCUUGAGUGUGGAACACACCUCGUUAUCCACCACAGAACUGCCCUGUACCAAGAGACUAUGUUCAUAAACACAGCUGUACCUCACAGCAGCCAUUGUUUCCCUUAGAACUGUGUUUUUUUCUGUGACUCCUAUUGGUCAGAAUCUUCUCGUUAUUAUUGUCCUAUCCGAGAAUACCAGGAAGACUGUACUUACUCUGUCACCCGAAUGUCACCCUAAUGUCACGUGAUGCCAGGGUUAUUGACAGUGUUACGAAGGUAUAAUGAAAGGCUGUUUCAAUUUCAAGUUGAAUUGGUUACUGUGCUAAACCGAAUCGUCAAGAGUGCAAAGCAAUAAUUUCCAGACAUCUGUGAAGUAGCUCUGCGGGCCCUGCCAUCCUGCUGUCUGCAUGGGGGACGCUGGACAGGGCUGUCAGGAGGGUUCCACAGAGAGCUGUUGUCUCCAUGAGGGAUACAGCCUCAGAGUUUGGUCUCCUAGCUGUCUCAGUGUUAAUGUGAUUCCACACCAGCCCUUACUGCUUCAGUAUGUCAUGACCAUACACCCAUGUUAACAAUGGUAACUCCUAGGAUUUUUACAUAUUAUUAUUGCAACAUUUGUGUAAUUAUUACUUCACUCGUUUCUGUACGUAUAAUCUGGCAUGUUUAUAUAUUUUUUUUAUUGUGUUCCAACACCCAAACUUUUAAUAUAAUCCUCAUGCGGUAGUUAUGUGUACGGUUUCUCAUGCAUGACUUGCUUGUGUAGCACCGUGGUGAGUCUGCCCCCCUGAGAUGAAUGUAACAGGGCUGUAGUAUAUCAGGGCCAGGCUGCACAGUAACUGCUGCCUGGGAAAAAAAACACCAAGGAGCGUGUAAGGACACCACCGGAGUGACAGUUCAUGUUGAUUCCCUGGGUGCUUCCUUCAGCGCUCUCUGUGCAAACAGCAGGAGGUGGAGGAGGGUGAGCUGAAUGUAAAGGGAUACAUGGAGACAUUACAUUAAUGUGUUUCAAGGCCUGAUCAUCUUCAGACGUGCUCUUGUUCACCCCCCCACCCCCCCCUGCUCCAAGGGCAACCAGCAUUCACCCCCCCCCUCGCAUCAUGGAGGAAUAACUUAUCACUUUAUAUCUCUUGACUAAAGACCAAAAUAUUACAGUAUACAGAGGAUAUAUUGAUAUAUAUAUACUAAAGGUUUUAAUGUUUAUACAAAGCUAUUUUUGUUUGUACAGUAUUCUUUCCUACCUAGAUGUUUCCUGUGUAUUCUCUGUAUUCUGAACCUUUUCCCAGGUGAUGCGGCGCUCAUGUCUGGGUUUUGCAUGGGCAUUACAAGAGACCUGGUCUCACAUGGUCUCCAGACACCAUGAAGCCAAACACAACCAAAGGGGAUUCAGUCCCAGCCCCCCCCCCCCCCCCCCCCCCACACACACAUUUCUCUAUUUCCUGCUGGGAUGGAUGUUGAGGUAGUUUCAGGGUUCUGCAGCAUCAGAUGCUGUGCUCUGGGAGGCCAGCACUGUCCACACGCUUCUCUGUAUAUGUUUAUGAGGAAUGUAUUAUCCCCAACUUCAACACUCUUCAACACAUGUUUCCUUAGAGUUGUAACUUAUGAGCGAUUUUUCUACUUUCCCUUAAAUGUUAGUCAUCUGAGCUCUGCUCUACAGGACUGACAUGUUGGUAUUUGUGUUCUCUGAUGUUUUCCUGGUCUUUGAUUGUCUUUCAUGAUCAAAAUAAAAUAUGUCAAAU